GUUACGACGAUGACCACAUGGACUUUGACAUCCUCAAAUGGUGGAAGCGGAAUGAAUAAUGUUCCCAUCUCUUGGAAUGCUAGCAAUACAAGUUUUAUCCGUCCCCGUUUCAACCGUAGUUGUGGAACAAGAAUUCCGGUCUAGUGGCAACAUUCUAACCGACUACCGAAGUUGUCCUAGCGCUGAAUCGCUUGAGACACUUGUUUGCAACCGAGAUUGGCUCUUGGCAAGACAUAGAGCUCAAGAGAAUUGGAGAAGGUCAAUCAACCUCUAGGCCACCGCUUUUUGAUAGUACCAACUACACAUAUUGGAAAGAGCGGAUGAGAAUUUAUAUCCGCUCAACCAACUUCCAGUUGUGGUUGGUCAUCAAAAACGGCGAAGAAACGCCAAUGAAGAAGGUCGAUGAAAAACUCGUCCCAAAGACCGAAGACGAAUUUGAUGCCGAAGACAUCAAGAAGGUGGAGAACUACGCCAAGGCAAUCAACAUGCUGUACUGUGCGGUCAAUCCUGAUGAUUAUCGUAAGAUCUCUUGCUGCACCACUGCAAAAGAAAUGUGGGACAAGCUGGAAGUGUCAUAUGAAGGUACGGACCAAGUUCGGGAAGCCAAAAUUGACUUCCUAACGCAGGAGUACGAGAUGUUCAGGAUGAAGGAAGGCGAAAAGAUCGAUGACAUGUUCGAUCGGUUCUCAAAGAUCAUCAACGACCUUCACGCUCUCAAGAAGACGUACGCCAACAAGGACCUUGUGAGGAAAAUCCUGCGGAGUCUCACACCCGAAUGGAGAUCAAAGGCUGACGCAAUCUACGAAUCCAUCGGAGUCUCCAAUGUCACCAUCGACGGGCUAAGACGUAACCUCAAAACUUAUGAAUCUACUAUUCUAACUCCGUCUUUGGAUGAACAAAAGAAGAAGGGAAUAGCACUGAAAGCAACCAAGGAGACCGUGGAAGAAGACUCAAGCGAUGAUGACAACGAGUUCGCACUCGUCAUCAAGAAAUUCCACAAAUUUAUGAAGAAGGAAUUUGAGCGCAAAGGAAGAAAGCACGACGGCCCCCGAAGUGCUAUGGCUGUGGUGAGAUAGGCCACAUCAAGCCGAGGUGUCCAAAAGGCAAAAAUGGCAAGGACAAACCUGGCUUCAAAAAGCAACGCGCCUACAUCUCAUGGGGUGGCGACUCCGGGGAUGAGUCAACGGAUCAAGAAGAGGAAGAAGCCGCCAACCUUUGUCUCAUGGCACACGAAGACCACGUCAACGAAGUACAAGAGGUAUGUACCCCUUCUUCCGACUCUUACACUUUUGAAGAAAUGCAAUAAGCUCUU